ACAGUCUUGGGCGUCCUCUUCAACCGGAUAGUCACAAGAUGGGGUCAAGGCUACUUCGUUUGGGCUGCCUGCUACUCACUCUGAGCUGUGCUGUGCACACAGCACAAGGGCUGUGCAAGGAGUCCGAAAUUCUGACCGAGAACAAGGGCUGCGUCGAUCGUGACACCUACCUAGAACGCGUCCUCCAGCGCACCUGGGUCGCCGAGGAUCUCGAUGAUGACAAGAAGGCCGCUGGGCUUGGGAAACAAGUUAGCUGCAGGGCGGACGAGAUAUUGACGGCUACGGGGUGCACCGCUCAGACGCAGGCACCGCGUCAGGAAGAGCACCUCCGGGCGCAGGUUGUCCACAGCAAACUGCAAGGCGAUCAAGUGGUCAAGACGGAUGGCGGUGGGGCGGGCGCUGCCGACAGCGCGGCCUCCCCGGAGAAGGUCGAAACGCCCAAGGUGCUGACCGGGGCGCUGAUUAGUCGGCCCAAGGUCGUUGGUCACAAUCGUCCGCGUAAAUAUGUCAUACUGCCUGGCAGAAUCCUUCAGACCGGACGAAAAUGUCGCCCCUACGAGGUGCUCGCCUCAAACAAUCGCUGUAUUCGCAGGAAGGUGCACAAGCCGACUGGCAAGGUCAAGCACAAGGAUCACGUGUACGGCCUGCAGCUGCGACAUCGGCAUAAGAAUCCCAAGCAUUAUAGGAAAUCGUAGAGAGUCAAAGCAGAUCCAGCUGAAAAUGAAUGACGACCCUUUAAUUAAAUAUAUUACAAUAAAUAUAUAUUAAAUAUAA